AUGUUGUCCUUGCCCUCUUUCCCUCUCUACCAUAACAAAUACCUCGGGUUUCCUCUAUCUAAGACCGCCAUUGCCAGUCGGGCCUCGUUCCAUAACCAUCCUGAAUCACCUAACGGCGUUCUUCAAGACUUGAACUCGCCAGUGAAUACAUCACCGACCAACUUCUUUGGGGAUGCGCUAAUCAUUUUCAUUGUUCGGAAGGCUACCGAUCCACCACAAGGCCAAGAGAUCAUCAGCGUUACCCGCGAGUUGACUCACCUCACGGAUCCUAAACCCAAUGCCUAA